AUGUGGAACAGCCAAACGGUAGAGCAGCAGUUUUCCAAUGUGCCUGUACCGUUCUUCCAGCCCACCAGCGAUAAUCCAGGACUGAGCUCCCCUGAGGAUGACAGCCUCUCUCUAAUGACCAAGAGCCCCACCUUGAGAAAGCCCCUGAAACACAGCACCCCUGUGGAGGCAGCCCUGGGCCAGAGCCGGGGGCCACCAGGAGAUACCUCCUAUCCCAGUGGGUCUCCAAUACCUGCACACUUCUCUCAGGACCUUGCAUCCCACCCAUCAGGGUUUAGCCCUCCAGCCACUGUCAGGAAAAGGAGGCUUUCUACUAUCUGGGCCUCCAAGGAGUCUAGCAUGGACCUCUCAGCUCCUGGGGAAAGGCCGCCCACAUCGGCCUCAUUAGCCCAGCAGCAGCAGCAGCAGCAGCAGGAGUCCCUCCAGGCAAAGAGCUGGCCACAAAACCCUGGAUUGCCUGGGAUCCUGGACACAGCUGGGAGGAAGAGACGAGACCCGAAGAAGCGGGCAGCUGCGAUGGAGCGCGUGCGACAGUGGGAGAUCUACAUGCUUCAGAACAUCGAGGAAGCCACCCAGCACGAGCUCACCAUCGAAGCCGAGUGA